AUGUCCUGUGUUUUCGAAGAAAGCAUAGAAAGACUCCCGUUUGAAGUUUUACAAUAUAUAUUUGUCCUUGCAAAGAAUCCGGAUCUUGCUCUUGUAUCACGUACAUUUCACCAUGUUUCUACUUCACAGACAAGUGUAAAAACUCAAUGGUUAAUGCGAAGAUAUAAUAACGAUUGUGAACGAGCGUUAUCUCGAGGGUUAAAGUGGAAGUUUUUCAAUAAAGACGUUCUGAAUCAAUUGGAUUUAUUAUAUUCCAGGCUUAAUGGUCAAAAUGUUAUUCCUUAUGCAAAUCGACCGAUUCCUCAAUGGUUUUUCAAGGAGCCGGAUCCCACUGGCCGAAUUUAUAACCUAGCUAAAAUUUUACUUCUUGAACGUGGUGCAUCACCCAACGAAUCCAAUGGUUAUCCAAUUAUACAAUCUGCUCGUUUAGGAAAGAUUGAAAUGGUAAAAUUAUUGAUAGAGGCUGGUGCUAAAGUCGAUAUUCAAGAUAAUAUGGCGUUGUCAGUGAGCGUUAGACAAAAUAAUAUUGAAAUGGUCAGAUUAUUGUUAAAGCACGGUGCUAAACCGGCUAAAACAAUUCUAAAGAAUGCAAUAGAAAAAAAUUAUAUCGAGAUUGCUCAAUUGCUAAUGGAAUAUGGAGCCGAACAGGAUGUUGGUACAGUUAACGCCUUUUAUCAAACAGUCACAGAAGACAGGAGAAUGAACAAUGAUAACAAUAAUCGAAUUGGAGGUUGA